AUUAUAAUUAAUAAUUCUAAUAAUUGCUGAUCUGUUUGCCAGGUUUAGCUAUCAGCUGUCAGAGAUGAGCGCGAGCCUGAGUGAGCAGUAUGAGGAGAAAGUGCGUCCGUGCAUCGACCUGAUCGACUCUCUGCGCGCGCUCGGGGUGGAGAAGGACCUCGCGCUGCCCGCCAUCGCCGUGAUCGGAGACCAGAGCUCGGGGAAGAGCUCGGUGCUGGAGGCGCUGUCCGGAGUCGCGCUGCCCCGCGGGAGUGGUAUCGUGACGCGAUGUCCGCUCGAGCUCAAGAUGAAAAAGAGCAAAGAGGAAGACGUCUGGCAUGGAAAGAUCCAGUACCAUGAUUAUGAGGAGGAGUUUCAAGAUCCAGAAGCUGUUGAGCAAAAGAUUAGGGAAGCUCAGGACCAAAUGGCUGGGGUUGGUGUGAACAUCUGUGAUGACCUCAUCAGCUUAGAGGUGACUUUGGCCAACGUUCCCAACCUUACACUCAUCGAUCUGCCUGGUAUUGCCCGGGUGGCAGUCAAAGGCCAACCAGAGAACAUCGGAGUUCAAAUUAAGAGGCUGAUCCAAAAGUUCAUCACCAAGCAAGAAACCAUCAACCUGGUGGUUGUGCCAUGUAAUGUGGACAUCGCCACCACUGAAGCACUAAAGAUGGCACAGGACGUUGAUCCAAACGGCGAGAGAACCCUUGGCAUCCUAACAAAGCCUGACCUAGUGGAUAAAGGCACGGAGGAGACAGUAGUGUCCAUCAUCCAUAAUGAGAUCAUUUACCUCACUAAAGGCUACAUGAUUGUCAGGUGCCGAGGGCAGAAGGAGAUCAUGGACCGCGUCUCUCUGCAAGAAGCCACCGAUAAGGAGAAGGACUUCUUUAAAGACCACCCACAUUUCAGUGUGCUGUAUGACGAAGGCAUGACCACCAUUCCUAAACUAGCUGAGAAACUCACACUUGAACUCGUCCUUCAUAUCGAGCGGUCCCUUCCACAACUAGAGAAGCAGAUUGAAAUGAAGUUGGCUGAAACUCAGGCUGAUUUGGAUCGCUACGGCUCAGGGCCUCCUACAGAGCCAGGAGAGAGGUUAUAUUUCCUGAUUGAUAAAAUCACAGCCUUCACUCAGGAUGCCAUCAACCUGACAACUGGAGAGGCUCUGAAGAGCGUGUCACAUGUCAACAUCUUUCCAAGUCUGAGGAAGCAGUUUGUUCACUGGAAGGUUCAACUAGACAAGUCAGGACUGACAUUUAACAAGAAAAUUGAGAAGGAAAUGAAGGACUAUGAGGAAAAAUACAGAGGUAGAGAACUCCCAGGAUUCAUCAACUAUAAGACCUUCGAGGGGAUAGUGAAGGACCAGAUCAAGCAGCUGGAGGAACCUGCCAUCAGCAAACUAAAGGAAGUCUCAGAUCUCAUUCGAAAGGGCUUCAUCCAAUUGGCUCUACACAGCUUCCUGGGCUUCCCCAAUCUCCUCAAAAUGGCAAAGACCAUGAUCGAGAACAUAAAGCAGGUGAAGGAGUCGGAAGCUGAAUUGAUGUUGAGGACUCAGUUUAAGAUGGAGCUGAUCAUCUACACCCAAGACAGCAUGUAUAAAAAUAGCCUGCAUAUGCUGAAAAAUAAGGAGGAAGAAGAACAGAGGCAACAAUUUGGUGUGGCUUUCCCUCCUUCUCAUAGUUUAUAUGAUCACUUAGAUGAUGAAGCCACUCUAGAAGAACUGAUGCGCCACCUGAAGUCCUACUACAACAUUGCGAGUAAGCGCCUGGCUGACCAACUGCCACUGGUGAUCAGGUACCUGCUGCUGCAGGAGUCAGCAGUGCAGCUGCAGAGAGAAAUGCUACAGCUCAUACAGGACAAAAACAACAUGGAGCUCCUGCUGAAAGAAGAUCAUGAUAUCGGCAACAAACGCAGCAACCUGGAAAGCCGCCAGAAGCGUCUAAUGAAGGCCCGCAACUACCUGGUCAAGUUUUAG